GCUCGCAACACUGUGCUCGUCUUAGUAGGCCUGGAGGUCAGAGCUCCUCUGGGGACCGAACAAAGUGGCAGAAAGCAAAGAGAAAAAAAAACCACAAACGAAGAAAAGAUUUGCAGUCACCUCGGGUCCAAAUCCGAGCCCGCCAAAUGCGUCUACGGAAGUCUGGCUAUGGAGUUCCUUAAGUAGCUCAUAGGGCAGCCAAGAAUCUCUUCUGCGAGGGAGGGAGCGAACUCCACACUUCUCCAAACUUCUGGGAAGAGAGCGCCAUUCUUUGUUUGUUUGUUGGCCGCCAUGGCGGGGCUCUUCUCGCGGUUUAAGAAGAAGGCGUUCCGGAUGGAGAUGCUGGUGUGGUGGACGCUGCUGGGAGUGCUUGUGGGAAUCGCGCUGGGAGCUGGGCUUUACAAUUCGCAUCCCUCUGCUCUAACAGUGGAGCUCCUGGGGUAUCCUGGAGAGCUUUUCAUCCGAGCUUUACAGGCCCUGGUUCUGCCAUUGAUUAUGCUCGCAUUGAUGUCUGGAGUGUUCAGCUUGAGACACACAACCAGUGGAGUUGGCCGUAUCACCAAGUGGUCUCUACUGUAUUAUCUACUGUCGAUGAUGCUUGCCGUGGUUUUGGGAAUCGUCAUGGUGUCGGUGAUCAAGCCUGGGAGAGACAAGCCAUUUGACGACUCGGGUUUCACAAAGUGUGCCACUCGCAAUGGAACUUCCCCCACAGACACACCAAAGGCAGCAGCUGGGACUGUGGAUUCCCUGCUCGAGAUUGGCCGCGACUUGCUUCCUACAAACAUCGUCGCGGCCGCUGCGAAGCCAAACUAUUUGGGAGUCAUGACUUUCGCCAUUGUCUUCGCUUUCGCCACCAAUACAUUCGGUGAGCGAGCCGAGCCUCUAGUUCAUCUCAUCGAGCUCUGCAACACCAUCUUGAUAAAAAUCAUCUUUGUAGUGGUCAUGUUCACGCCCGUUGGAGUUGCGUCGCUCAUCGCAGGCACCAUUCUCAAGGCAUGCAACGCCGUCCAUCUUCUCAAAUCUCUCGGCUUUUACAUGGCGACGGUGCUGGGCGGAUUCUUCAUCCAUUCCACGCUGGUGCUGCCACUCACAGUCUUCCUCCUGUCGAGGCAAAAUCCCCUCAAAGUUUUCAAAUCAUUUUUGCCAGCGCUGUGCAUGGGACUGGGAACUUCCUCCAGCGCCGCCACAAUGCCAGUGACAAUGCAAUGCGGCGGAGAACACGGCUGCGACCAGAGCAUCGUCCAGUUUGUGAUUCCUCUAGGAACCAACAUUAACCGCGACGGUGCCGCGCUCUACGAGGCAGUCUCAGCAAUUUUUAUCUGCCAGGCUCAUGGAAUCCAUCUCCCUGUGAGCAGCCUCUUCGUCAUCGCCAUCACUGCCACUCUCGCCGCUGUUGGCUCCGCGUCCAUUCCCAGCUCCGCUCUGGUGACCAUGAUCACAGUUUUACAGGCUGUGAAUCUUCCCCAGUUUAUUGGUGACGUUUCGGUCCUUUUUGCCGUGGACUGGCUGCUGGGGAUGUUUCGCACGUCCGUUAACAUCUGGGGUGAUGCCUGUGCCUGCGUCGUCGUCGAUACCUGGAACAAGCGAUUCUCCAGGAAGCAACGACCUCUCGAAUUUCCCGACCAGGUGGCGCCAGUUUGAUAAAAUUCGUUGGAAGUAUAUUAUAGAUAAUUCCGAUCAAACUACCUAUACAGACACGAAAUAUGUAUAUAUCAACAUUAAGUCACUGCUUCUUUCUUCCCCCUUUC